AUGACAGGAGAUAUCCGUGUGUUAGAUCUACCUUUGUUUGACGUUGACGAGAAAAAUGGGUUUCUGUCGUCAGAACCACCACUUGAGCGAUUAUCCAACCUCUACUACGAACCAUGGGAAAAGUUAGCGACAAAUAUUCCUCAAUUAUUAUUGACCAAUCAAAUGAAACCUCAAGUUGAAAAUGAGUUACCCUUAUUAUCUAUCGAUCAGUUAACUACGUUACAAGAAUUGAAAAGGGGUUAUGUUCUCUUAACAUUCAUUAUUAACGGUUAUGUUUGGUCCUCCAACCCUCCAAAUGAAGUUAUACCAGAUUCCUUAGCUCAGCCAUUGUUGGAAGUCUCCAACAAACUAGGACUCCCCCCCGUUGCUACUUAUUCAAGUGUUGUGUUAUGGAAUUAUAAAGUUGUAGACGAGGCAAAAGAUUUAAGUUUAGAAAAUUUAACAACUGGUUUAACAUUUACUGGUAGUUUUGAUGAAGCGUGGUUUUACUUGAUCAGUGUUUAUUUUGAGAAAAUAGGUGCCCAAUGUAUUGAACAUGGUUUAAAAGCUGUUGAUGCAGUCAGUUCAAAUGACUCUACAUCGUUUAUAGAGUCUAUGAAAUUACUUGCAAUGAGCAUUGAUAACUUAACAGAUAUAUUGAAGAGAAUGGAAGAAAAAUGUGAUCCCUAUGUGUUUUAUUUCAGAAUUAGACCAUUUUUAGCAGGAUGGAAAAAUAUGUCUAAAGUGGGGCUUCCAAAAGGUGUAAAAUAUGGAUCAACUGGUGAGUAUCAACAAUGGUCAGGCGGGUCCAAUGCACAAAGUUCUUUAAUUCAAUAUUUAGACUUAGUUUUAGGAAUCACGCAUUUUUCAGAUGGUGGUCAACAACAAUAUCCAAGAAAACCAAUUACUAAUGAAUCCCAAUUUAAGAGAAAUUCUUAUUUAUUAGAUAUGAGACAAUAUAUGCCAAAACCACAUCGUUCAUUUCUAAAAGCAGUGAGUGAAAGCACAAAUAUUCGUCAAUACGUUUUGAAACAAAGUUCAGAAUCUACAGAGCGAUUUGCAUAUGAUACAUGUAUUUCAAUGAUGAAAAACUUUCGUGAUGUUCAUUUAGGUAUAAUUAGAAACUACAUUUUGAUUCCAGCCAGAGCGGAAAGAAUGAAUGAAACUCAUAUUAUGAGAAAUGGGUUAGCUACAACACAUAAUAAUAAGAAUCAUUUGGGUACUGGUGGUACAUCCUUAGUUAAAUUUUUAACUCAAUGUAGAGAUGAAACCAGUGACAUGGCUGUCACUAAAUGGGUUAAAGAAUACUUAAAGGAGGAUGAUAUUGAACACUCAAACCUAGAGAUGAAUUUUGUGUUUGAUUACAGUUAUAAUUUUAUUGGAUUCAAGGAUAAAAUGUCGAAUAUUCAACUUAUUGAAGAUGAUGCAGAAAAUGGAGAUGUUGAUUUUUUCAUUCAUCAUUGGUAA